CAGUAGCUACACCAGGGAGAUGGCCAAUUGUUUAACACAGAACAGUCAUUUCCUUGCAAACAACAGUAUGUCAUUUGGCUGUUUGUGAUUAAAUCGUUUCUGGCUUCUUCUCAGUGCUCCUGGCAUCAAGAAGCUAUUCUUGGUGGGGGUUUUUUUAAUAAAAGGAAUACAGGUGAUAUCUAUCUACUGUAACCCACCUGCACCUGUCACUUCAUCACUUACCUGUUUCCAUCAGGGACUGGGGAGAGUAAUUAGAAGCUGAGAAUAGGCACUGAUUAUAAGCACACACACAAAACACCACCUUUUUCAAGGUAACCUUUCCAUCCAUCUCAUAAUGGAAGUGCUAAACUAUGAGGCAAUGCAACUAUGGGGCCUAGGCAGAUAUGCAGUGGCAGAAAAAUACAUCUUUGAAAUCCUAUUAUGCUAUUUGUCUUGAAAUUAAAUGCUCUUUUGGGUAAAGCAACCAUAUUCAGGAAUGCUGACUGCUCCAGUGUUUCAAUUAUGUAGCUUUCUGUAGAUUUUUUUUUCAUAUCAUAUGCCAAAGCUGCUGGGCACAACUAAAAUAGUUCUUUGGAUUCAGACUUAUGACUAAGAUACAUUAUUCUGGAUGAAGAAAAACAGUCUCAUAUCUAUGGGAAAACGUGGACAUUUCUAAUAACUAUGUAUUGAAUUAAGCCUGCUCACUUCUGUUGAUGUUAGGGAUUGGAAUUUUAGGAUAUAUUGAGAGCUUGCAACCAUCAUCCAGACUGCAAGGUGUGCAGAGUAUGAGAAAUGCCCUUAAGCAACUACAUAGAGCACAAACUGCAUAGAAUUUCACAGCUGUUUCCUCCCAUAUCCUGUGCUUUCCUAUCUAUUUUAAAGAAGAAAAAGUAGUUAUUUGAAAUUUAUUUUUUAAAGUUUUUUUGGACAUUCUAUGUUUUUUAACCACAACAAAUAAUUAUUUAAAAGUUGUCUACUAGUCUAGAGCAGGCAUGAGCAAACUAUUUUGUCUUGGGGCCGCAUUGUGGGCCCAGCUGGGAGGGCCAGGCCAGGAAGGAGGGGCCCCAGGAACACACUGGGAGAGGAAGGGGCCAGGAGGGGGCAGGGCCGGGUCUGGGUCAUCUUCAGGUUGUCCUCCCAGGGUAAGGGCAGGGCUGCUCACCCUAUCCUUAUGCUGGGAGGAAGGCGAGACACACGGUAACUACCCUGAUCCUCCCCUCUGAUCCCCCUCUCCACCCUCCUCCCCCAUUCUCAUGCUGUCCUUUUGGCAUUAUGCCGGGAAGAGCGCAAUACAGGUGGCAGUUGAAAGUGCUCUUGAGAGCUCUCAGCCACCACAUGCCUUCUUCGAGCCAUCCUCCCAGCAUAAGGAUUGAACUUCUCACACCAACCAUCACUGUUCCAGACCUCAGUGGGCUCACAGCCAAAAUCAUGCCGAGUUUUGCCAUCUACUGCUAGGGGAUAGAUUUCUUUCCUGCACAGGGAAUGUGAGGAACCAGACUUCAGGAACCAGUAGAAUUUCAAACUCUAAUUUUUUCCUCCUAAAUUUACUUAUGGAGCUGAAUUUUAGGACAUCUAAACCUCUUUCACACUUACAUUACUUUUAAGUGUCACAGCUCCAGCCUAUAAAAUUCUCAGAUUUUUACUUUAAUAUGAGAUUUAGACUUCUCUGCUCCUCGUGUGAUGUCUACUAUUUUGUCCAAUUCAACAUAGCAGAUUCAACAUGAUACCAGGUUCAUAGAUAUCUAAGACCUGGAUAAAAUAGUAGGCAUUGCUCCAGGAGCAGAACAUCAUAACUUAAGACUCUGAGCCCUGUUUUCCCUGCACAGUUACAGUUGUUUGAAGCCACAUUAAUUGCCAUAUCUAAAGAAUCUUUGAAUUUGCAGUUUGUUUAAGCAUUAGAAUCCUUUGGUCUAAAUACAAUUAAGUACAAAUCUCUGGAUUUUAUAGACUGGAGCUGUGACAUUUAAUGUGAUAUCUCCCUUUACCUACUAGAUGGAUCAUGUGGUCUCUUCCAAAUCUAUUAUUUCUACCUUCUUAGUAACAGCUAUGCUAAGGCCCUGAAAACUCAGGGCUGUGACUUUGUUGGCAGAGACAAUUCAUAUUAAUGAGUCUACUUCUUUUGUUACAGCCUUCGACUUAGUGGACCACCAUCAUCCUUUCCAAUGAAUCACAUCAUCAUAUGAUAUAUGCAAAGGAUCGCAGUUUUAGUUUAUCUGUGUUGGCUUAUAAAAGUUCGGGCUUGAAUUGAUCUUGGAUUUAUUUUAUUUUCUAGUAGUCUAUAGUGUCCAUAAAGCUUAAAUACUCUAAAGGCACCAGAUCCUAAGCAGAGUUGGCUAUAGUUAGUACUUGGAUGAGAGAUUGCCAAUUAAUACCAAAUGCUAUAGGCUAUAUUUUAGAGGAAGAAGUAGUCCUUGCUUAAGAAAACUGUUUGAAAUUCAGGGGUUUACUCUUGGAUGCACACACACCAAGGUAGAGAGCUGUAGGAAAAGAGGAAAGCCAAAUAACAGAGAGUCAAGCAAGCCAUGACCCUGAGUUUGCAAAAUCUGUUAAGGGCUGUUAAUAAUAGGGUAACUUGAUAAUAAUAAUAAUAAUAAUAAUAAUAAUAAUAAUAAUAAUAAUAAUAAUAAUAAUUUUAUUUAUAACUCACCCUCUCUCCCCAAAGAUCUUAAAGAUCUCUCAUUAAUGGAGCUGCUUGUGUCCAAAUUGAUUUCAUGGCAAUUAACAGCAACGAAGUUAUCAAGGGAAUGGAAGACAAUAAAUAUAACUGUUCUAGGGAUAAGCAUUUCUUUGAUCUCUCAUUUUUACAAUGAUAGACAUUUAGGAACUAAUGGAAAAUUUCAUGGGGAGGGGGACAGAAACAUUACUUGGAGGGAAAAUGCCUUCAUUUUGCUUGACUUCCAUAACUAUAUUAAAGCUGGGUGCCAGAAGCACUUUAAUCUUUGCACUUUAAAUUGUAGCAUUUUGUUACACGUUUAUUCAGUGGACCUUCACCCAUUAAUGACAGCAUGCACAUAUUCUGGUUCUGUUUGAACCUAGAAUUACAGGGCUUCUGCACCUUCUAAUAGUGUAGAAGGUCACAAAAAUGUGAACCAGAUCUAUUCCAUGUAUGUAUAGUACUUCUUUUUUGCUGGGAUAUACUUUUGCAUAUCCUAGACUGACAUCUAGAGGCAAAUAUAGAGAACAUUGCUACAAUGCAGUGUGAGGCAAGCAUUUAAAUGAGGAGGGAGUGGGAAUGGGCUUGAAAGUAUGGACUCCACUGCUCAAAGAGAUUGUCUUUCUAGCUUUUGACGUGUCAAUUAGGUUAGAACAGGCCCCGGAUAAUUGAGGCCCAGGAUAGACAGUCAAUUCAUAUAAUUGUCAGCAAGAAAUGUAAUUAAGAAAGGAUAAAGCUGCAUCUCUAGUGCCCCAAUUGUACUCAAUCUGCGUGCGACUAAGAACCUAGAAUAUCUAGGAUAUCAAAAGCAGACACAUUUAAAAACAAUUGGGAAGUGAAUUCUUAGGAUAAACUGGCAACACAUAGGCACAUCACAUUCUUCAUGUAACAUCGUGCAACAUCUGUAUGGAUGACUGUAGGUAAACCCCAACAAUGCAUGGGCACAUGUGGACCCUUCAUAGAAUCUGUAAGUAUAUUAAGAAAUUUGACCUGAAAAAUCAGCUGAAGCUAGUGGUAUAUCUUGUAACACAAUAUCUAAAGUUUAACUUACAGGAAACUGGAGGCAUAUCUUCUUGUUCUUCAUGGGGAAAAAGAUACAAAGUUUAUGUAUUCUAGGACAGCAUUUUAAUAAUCUCUUCACACAGGGAUGGGAUCACAAAUGAGUAUAAUAUUCAAAUGUCAAGUUUGCUUGCCUAGACUAGACAUCAUAGCUUUAAAGAGCAGAGCUGUAAAUGUUAACAGAUGAUUUGCCUGUUGAAGUAUUGAUUUAUUUACAUUGAGUCAAAAGGUUGUUAAGCAGAACAAGUUUAAACUGUUCUGUCUUAGCUAUAUCUCCUUCUUGAGAGCACGUCUGCUCUUUUUUUACAACUUGUCACAGCAUUCUAGAUUUAGUCGGUACAAUGAAUUAUAUAAACAAGUUACCUUUGCCUCCUAUGUAAAAUGUUUUUAUUUCAAUUAGGCUCCUUCUACACUGCCAUAUAAUCCAGAUGAUCAAAUCAGAUAAUCCACAUUAUGUGCUUUGAACUGGAUUAUAUGAGUCUACACUGCCAUAUAAUCCAGUUCAAAGUAGAUAAUCUAGAUUUUAUAUGGCAGUGUAGAAGAGGCAUUAGUUAUUUUAAGUUUCUUGUAACAGACCAAUAUCAGAAUUUUCAUUUUACAGAAAUGGGUAUAGAUAAAUUGUGCUUUUUUUGUUUUUGUUUGAGAGGAAUUAAUUGGGAAAGCAGAUAAGGAGUUAAUAAGUAAGUGAAGAAAUGCUGGGAAUUUGCUUCCUUGUGCAAUAAAUAUUAUGACCAUCAAUAAAAGAGAAUGGGCAAAAGGGUAUAGGAAUGUACUGAAGUCCAACGGGUAUUUUGACUCUUCAAAAGAACCUGCACUUAGGAGAAGAAAACAGGCUUGCAAGACGGAAAUCAUUUCCAAAUACCCAUGCUGCUGCUAUCAUAUCAGUGUCAUGAACAUUUUUGGAAAGGUUUGUUUCUUUUAAUUUUCUUAAUCAGUCCAAUUCUCCUCCCUUUUAAUGCUUGAUUGUAUUGCAUUGUUAGAGACGUUUUGACACUGUGAGUUGGACAGGUAUUCUUAUAUUAAAAUCUUAAAUGCAAAUACUUACAUAAAAAUAAAAUUAAUAGCUUAAAUAUAAUACACCUGUAUAAUGGGAAUUACAAUUUAAACCUGUCCAAGGAGGUAACCAUCAUUAUAUGUUGUGAUAGCAAAAUUCACAGUUUUACUGUGUGCUGUGUGAAAAAGUACUUCCUUAUUUCCUUCCAGUUGUAUUCUAGGAAAGAUUAAUUUUUGCUCAUCACUUAGAGUGCAUCUAAACCAUAGAAUUAAUGUAUAGUAGUCUGACACCACUUUAACUGUCUUGGUUCAAUGUGAUGGAAUCACUGGAGUUGUGCUUUUUAGCCUUCUGUGCCAAAAAACUGCUGAUGGCUCAUGAAACUACAAAUUUCAGACUUCUAUGGCAUUGAGCCAUAGCUGUCAAAACAGUGUCAAACUGCAUCAAUUCUAUUAUGUCGAUGCACUUUUAGUGAGCACACAACAUUAUGAUGAAUGGCAUAUGGAAAUUGGACAUCAUGGUCAUAAGUUACUCCUAUCAGAAGUUUCAUUUUUGCACAUACUAUUUCACCCAUUCAUUUUCUUUUCACAAAGUGUGCAUUAGACAAAAAGAUGGGUGUAUGAGGCUUUUAGUCUCGUUCAUACUGACAUACAAAUUUCCUGUUGCUAUAGGUGUUUGGAGUUUAACGGUCCUUUUGGUGGCAACUGCAGAGGUUCAAGUUAGCCACAAUAUCCCAUGUUGUAUACCAGGACCCCAAGGUCCUCCUGGACUCAAUGGAAACCCUGGUCAUAAUGGAUUCAAUGGAGAAAAGGGAGAGAAAGGGGACCCCGGAGAACAAGGUGCUGCUGGGCCUCCUGGUGCGCCAGGACUUCCAGGAAAACAUGGGCCAACUGGACCAAAAGGUGAACAUGGAGACAACGGUACUCCUGGUCUUCCUGGUUUGUGUCAACCACAGAUGAAAUCUGGUUUUGCAGCACAUUUGGGAGCAAAUUAUCCAGCUCCUAAUGUGCCCAUUGUGUUUCAUAACAUAAUCUACAAUGAACAGCAACACUUUGAUGCAGCGUCAGGAGUCUUCACCUGCCAAAUCCCAGGAGUCUAUUUCUUCGGCUACAAUAUGGAGUCAACCAGGAAUUCAAAUGUCGUCCUAGUGAAAAAUGGUCAACAAGUGGUGGCAACCUACCAGAUUACCCCAACUGGUUAUGAAAACCUGUCUGGAAGUACAAUAAUUAGAUUGGAGGAAGGUGACAAGGUGUGGUUAGAAGUAAAACCAGAUUACAAUGGAAUAACGCACACCAGUUACUUCUUGGGUUAUCUUAUAUUUGUGUCUUAGGUUAUGCAGCCUUUCGUUGUUGUGGAACCUUUCUUUCAGGAUUUAGCCAGCUGAUUUUGUCUCAGUUUAGUUCUGUUUAGAUUCCUCAUGUGAUCUGAGGAAAGCAUGAAUAUGUUUUCUGUUUCUGUGAUCUUCAUUGUUUCUUUUUCUCCUUCAAUAUAUCAGAGGAUGUAGAUUUGCUGCCCUGGCCGUUCUUAGUAUGUCCACUUGGUUUAAAAGCCUGAUUGUUCAAGAAUAGACGGAAAUUCAAACAACAGAUUGCAGAUUAUAAUUACUUAGAUGUUCCAGUCAUCACUAGGGGGUUGAAUUGGCAUAAUAGAUUCUUAUCACACUACCUGUGCUAAUUGGUUACCAAGUGUCAAAAUGUUCAUGCUAUUAACAUUUUUGUGAAUAGCAAGUGUUAAUAAUGUAGCUGUCACUGUCAAUAGUUUAAUAUUUAAUGUCAUUCUGACUACUCUAUUCUCAUCUCAAACAUGAAUCACACACACACACACACAUGCUUCUGAAAUUGUGGAUAAGUAGUAUUUGAAGAAGUGGACUAUAGAGCAUGCAAAUCCAUGCUGAAAUAAAUUGAGUGAAGAACCUACUCGUGUAGUACAGGGUUCCCAGCUGCAGACCCUGGCAGGAAUCCUGUUAGGGCUUCAUAUUGUAUAACUAGCCAGCUGUGCAAGUUUAUGGGACAUUUUUCCAGUCUAUGAAAGGAGGUUUCCAAAACCUUCGUAUUUUCUCAGGUGAUUCCACAAUCCACAUUUUUUUCUGGGAAGAUGUGCAGGGAGAGCUCCUGUCUGUCUUCACCUGCCAGUACUGCCACAUUGGUUUCCUCUAAAAUCCUAUAUUCUCAGUAGGAUCUCAACCAAGAAUGGGUAAGAAACAGUUUUUUAAAAAUAAUUUUUUUGACAUUUAAUCCAUAAAAACAUUUUAGAUAACUUAUUGGCCAAAAGUUUGCAUCAAAAACUAACAUGCAUAAUUUGAGGGUGAUGGAUGGAGUUAUGUUGCAGACAAAAUAGGCAAAGAAGCCACUGAAUCACAAUAAUGCACAAUAGGAUGCUAUGAAAGAAGGCUCAUGUCCUGGUGUGCAUAGUGCCCCACUGUACAUUAGGAUAUAUUAAUGUUAGGACACAUUGUGAAUUAGGACUGCUUCACAAUGGCCAUGCUGCUGUUUUCUUUUAUGUAGUAGGCCCAGAAAUGUAGAUAUGAUUCAGCUUCUCUCUGGAGAAUACAAAUAUUGUGCAGCACUGCAUUUCCCCUUUACUUUAUGUGAUCAUAAAUCAAUUUACUGUGAUGCAAUUACCUCGUAACUCCAAACUGACAUAUUCUGGUGUUGCUAAUAAAAAUACACCUAUUCUCACUUUUAUGAAGGAAGGUAGGACAUAAAUAGAUACACAAAUAAACAGUGCAGCCAAGUAUGGAAAAUUUGGACUGGAAUUUAUGGAGAGGAAUUGGGCUACAAUUGAACUUUAUGGCUAAACUCUCAUUCAAAAGCAGACAAAAGUGGUAAACUAUCGUGUUUAAGUUGUUUUUAGACUAUUAGACCUCACUUUCCAACAUUUGGGUUGCUGUUAUGCAUUUUAUUUAUGAAUAGAGAUGCACAUUUUUUUGUUGAAAUGUGGAUAUUACAUUUUGUUCCAGGUAGUUUUAGACUUUGUACUGGAUGAAAAAAAAAUCCAAUGAACUUAAAUUUAUUAGAGGAAAACAUGCACAACUUCUGAGGAAAAUAGUUCCAGAUCAUUAACUAUUUGAACCACCAUGGUGGCUUUUGAAACAUCCCAUUACAUGGCCAGACAUUUGGGAUUGAUCUGUUAACAUAAUAACUUAAAAUGCAUAAAUGUUUUCAAUAGUUUUUCUCACCUUCACACAGAUCUCACAUUGGCAUACUAUUAUCCAACUAUGUAACAUGGCUAACUUCUGAUAUUAAUGGUGUAUAAGCUGUCAUCUUUAAUGUAUUGCUAAAAUUUGAUUUUAUUCAAUAAAUAACUUUUUUAAAAGAC